CCGCUGCGUUAAAUAUAGUCCGGCAACUCACGCCGGCUAUGUAAAAGAGGAUGGAAGAGAGAGAGGAUGGUGAAAACUUGAAAGAGAGAGCGUAGAGAUGAGAAGAGAGAAACGAAUUUGAUCCACAACAAAAUAGUGAGCCUGUCUCUUCUAAUCGUACAGUCCGUUUUCCACUGUGGUCUUGAUUUUAUUCCUUUACCCGCGAUUUUAAUCGUGUUUGUUUUGCAUGUUCACUUGUGACUACAAGUUUUCACGGCUAAACAGUUUUGAACAUCUGAAUUGGCUAUCAAAACAAUGAUAUCAGGACAUUGGCUGACAGGAAGUGAAACCAUGGACGACCAGCAUUAUUGCUUACGUUGGAACAAUUACCAGAGUAAUAUGACGUCGGUAUUUCAUCAACUCUUACAGAAUGAAGAUUUCGUCGACGUUACUCUGGCCUGUAAUGACCUUUCAUUAAAAGCUCAUAAGGUAGUGCUAUCGGCAUGCUCGUCGUAUUUCCAAAAGCUUCUUUUAGAAAACCCCUGCAAGCACCCGACGAUCAUAAUGCCUCAGGAUGUCGGUUACGAAGAUCUGAAAUUCAUCAUCGAGUUCGUUUACAAGGGGGAAAUCGACGUAUCUCAUGCGGAACUUCAGUCGCUGCUGCGCACGGCGGACCAAUUAAAGAUCAAAGGGUUGUGCGAAACACCGGACGACAAGGACAAUAAAGAUCUUUUAGACACUCCGGAUUUGGUGCCGCUCUCACUGCAUUGCAAAAGUGGCAGGAAAUCGCCACCACCCAAACACUCCACACCAAAGUUUCAGUCUCAAGAUAUCGGUCCACCAAAGGCAAAAUACCCAAAAACAACCUUUCAGGCCGUCCUCGAUUCGAAUGAAAUUAGCGGCGAGGAGGAAGACGGCGAAGAAGGAGCAGACAAGGAGGAAGGGGACAGUGGGGAAGAUAGAGAAAAGAAGAACGAAAAGGCUGGUGGCAGCGAACAACCCUCCAGCGACGAGAACGAAAAAGAUGACAUGCCAGUAGCUUUGGAACCUCAACCCGAGCCGAAAAGAAAGAGGCCGAUCUCGCAACAAUCCGACCAAAACAAACCUCUAAACAUGAGCAGCCAUGGCCUACUAUCGGGACAGACGAUCUUCUCCCAUUUCGGCGUCGACGACGAUUUCCCACCUGAACCUCCAGCACCAUCGGCCAUUCCCGUUGGUCACAUGGACAUGUCCACGGCUCCAGUCGAUCAUUCUCCCACCAGGACUAUUCUCAGUGAGCCAAUGCAUCGUACUGAUAUUUCCGAUUCCACGAAAUAUACCUUAGAAAUCAAAAAGGAGGCGGACAUUAAGUUAGAAACGUUGAGAUCAUAUGACCAAGACAGCUUAUUGGAUAUGGAAUCGCAUUUGUCGGGGCCUGAUCAUUCAAUGGACAGCCACGAAGAUGGAGAAAGAACCAUGCACCAGCUUAUUGGUCAUGCAGAUUUUAGUGGGAUUCCUGGAGUUUCUAAAUUAGAUGUAGGUGAUGACGUACCUGGAAUGAAAAAUAACGGCCAUUUAGAAUUAGGGCAACAAAGGUCUCACGCUGGGGGACCGAAAACUUGGACACAGGAAGAUAUGGAUAUGGCGUUAGAUGCCUUACGAAAUCAUAAUAUGAGCCUAACUAAGGCAUCCGCAACUUAUGGUAUUCCCUCCACUACUUUAUGGCAGAGAGCUCAUAGGCUAGGAAUAGAUACCCCCAAAAAAGAAGGGCCUACUAAAUCUUGGACUGAAGAAAAUCUAAAUAACGCUCUGGAAGCAUUAAGAACUGGAACUAUAUCUGCAAAUAAAGCUAGUAAAGCAUUUGGCAUUCCCAGUAGCACCCUGUACAAAAUAGCGAGAAGAGAAGGAAUAAGACUGGCAGCACCUUUCAACGCGGCACCGACUACUUGGACACCUGAAGACUUAGAAAAAGCCUUAGAGUCCAUAAGAACGGGCCAGACGUCUGUACAAAAAGCUUCAACAGAAUUUGGCAUCCCCACGGGAACGUUAUACGGUAGAUGCAAAAGAGAAGGAAUAGAAUUGUCAAGGUCGAAUCCUACGCCUUGGUCUGAAGAUGCCAUGGGAGAAGCUCUAGAGGCCGUUAGGUUAGGUCACAUGUCCAUCAACCAAGCGGCCAUCCACUAUAACCUGCCUUAUUCCUCGCUGUAUGGACGCUUCAAACGAGGCAUCAAAUACGAGGCGGAUACCAUAGAUUAUGUGGAUCUAAAUCAAGACAGCCACCUGCAAAUGGAACAUACAUUUGGCAUGGAAUAUACUACCUCUCCAUCACAGAUUCAAUAUCAAAACCAGAAUAGCUGAGAUACGGCCUUCAACUUCGACUGCUUUUGAGAAAUAGAUCCAGAGUAGAUUUAUUUUUUGAGGUUGGAUGCAUUUUGUUAUUGAUGUAGAAGUAAAUAGUUUUGGAUAAUAUUGGGUAUAUAUAAAUAUAAAUUUGUUUUAUAGUUUUGGUUAAAUAUUUUACUACAAGAGCAAUUAAACGUAUAUCUUUACCACCAUUAUAUCUACAAAAUUCAGUGAUAAUAGUUUAGUUAUAAUAAAACAUAAUUUAGGUAUGUUAAGAUUUGAGAACAUGUAAGCAACAUUUAUUGUUAGAAGAGUAUUUUACAUGUUACAAUUACAUGAUUCCGUCAGUAGCUUAACAUCAUAACCGACUUAACAUACAAAUUAAAAAAAUGAAAAAGAAUUAACAUGACUUAAUUAUUAACGAUUAAUGUCACUAUCAACAUAAAAAAAGACAGGAUACUAUGUUCUUUUCUUUGUGUUGAACAUGUAAUCAAAAUUUUUGAGCUCCUAUUUCAAUUUAUUUUUUACUUUUUCCUUACUAGUGUUAGCUCUAUUCCGUGUUUACUUUUUAAAUAUUUUUCUAAUGAAAAAUUUCGCUGCUAGUUGUAUAUUAGUGUUAUAUAGGGAACAUAUUACCUUUGUUGUUUGUACCUUGUUAAUGUUUA